CGAUCCCCGUCGCACGGUCCGCCGACAUUCUUCGACCAGCAAGAAUGAGGUUUGGGUGGCUGGUGCUGGGGGCGUGCUGGCGCAGGGAAGCGACGCGCUGCGUUCGUGCACCAAAACGGGGCAGUUACGCGUGCCGUGCGAGGACCAACUGCUGCUGGGGAAGGCCGACCGCUUCCUGCUCACGCUGUACGGACACACGUGCUACACGAUGAAUAUCGUAUCGCCCCAGCCACUAGAAGUGCUGUUCUACGACUCGAGGGACUUAAAAAGCGGCCAAAGCGUGCGCAAACUGGAAGACGCUGCGAACGGGACGGACGCAUUGGCAGCGCUAGGAGACAGCGGCUGCCAAAAUGUACUAAGCUGUGUGCAACUACAAGAAGGGUUGUCCAAGGCAUCGGUAUACAAUCUAAUGAUCUCGCGCUGGGCUAAUGUGACGGAGGAAGGGGACGGUCCCAUACCGGUCGAUAUUCUGCUGGAACACUGCGACCCGGUUUCGCCGUGGCACUACGUCGGUCUCGUGGUAGUUGGCAGCAUUGGGUUUACAUCAACCAUGUUGCUGCUGUGCGUCGUGGGCGAGUUUGUGCUGGGGUUACGGACGAUCACUAAGCUGCAGAAAGCAGCACAGCGAGAUCAAUUUGUGGAGCUCGCACAGAUUGACCCACUUAAGGCUAAAAGCUGCGAGAGGGAAGAGGCCGACGAGGACUUGGAGGAACCGACUGCACCGCUCAUGACAACGAUGAUAUCAUCGGAUUCGGGGGUAACGGGGAAGACGACAACGGAAUCAGAGAAAGAAUCUUCAGCAUAAGAGAGCAUUCUUAUGUUGUUUUAGUAUGGUUAAUGAAUGUGACGUUCAAUCAGUA